AUGGCUUCAGCGCAGAACGAUUUCGAAACGUUCGCUCUCGGCGACUGGAAGCUUCAGAGCGGCGAGGUUAUCCCCAAUGCCCAUAUCGCUUUCAAGGCGCUGGGCGAUCCAAGUCUCCCCGCAGUUGUCUACCCGACGUGGUUUUCUGGCCUUAUCUCCGAUAACCUCUGGCUGGUUGGAGAGGACAAGGAACUCAGCCCGAAGAAAUACUUCAUCAUCGUCCCCGCGUUGUUCGGGAACGGCCAAUCCACGUCGCCCUCCAAUUCCCCUGCCAUCAAGGAGUUCCCUCGUGUCUCCUUCUACGACAAUGUGAGGGCCCAGCAUGAGCUGGUUACCAAGCAUUUUAACAUUACCCAUCUACGCGCCGUCCUGGGCUGGUCGAUGGGUGCGGCCCAGGCAUACCAGUGGGCAACCCAAUAUCCAGACUUUAUGGAUUUGAUCGUUCCGUUCUGUGGCUCUGCGAAGACCUCGUUGCACAACCAGGCUUUUCUUGAAGGCAUCAAGAGCACCUUGUUAGCGACCAAGGGCUAUCGGUCUGCCGGGGUAGGAGAGGUUGGAGCUGCGGUUGCCAACGAUUCAAUCCGGUCGUGGACUUGGGAGGAGAGAGAGGUUGCGCUGAGAGGGUUUGGUCGAGGGUAUUCUGGUUGGGGAAUGAGCCAGACAUUUUACCGGCAGAGGCUGCAUGAAUCCAUCCUCGGAUUCAAAGAUCUUGAGGACUUUAUGGUGAAUUUCUGGGAAGCUUUCUUCCUAACUAAAGAGCCGGAGAAUCUGCUCGUCAUGUUACAGACCUGGCAAAAUGGCGACAUCUCCAAGCAGGAACGGUACAACGGUAACUUUGAAGCUGCUCUGAAAGCGAUCAAAGCCAAGGCACUGGUUCUGCCUAGUAAAACCGACCUCUACUUCCCGCCUGAGGAUUCGGAGUACGAAGUCGCAAACUUGCAACCUGGAAUUGGCGAGCUGGAUGUCUUCCCAUCCAUAUGGGGACACUGGGCCGGCGCACCGCCAGGUAACAAAGAGGACAUGAUGUGGCUGAAUGACAAACUGGUGCAAUUUUUCAAGGCGGUUCCCAGUGGUAAAUAG